UUUUCUGCCAUGUCCACUCUGUCAAAUGGCCUUAAUAUGGUAGUGGGAGUCAAGAAUUCUCUUCCUGAGGUCUAAUCCUUUCUCUGACCCUUAUUUGCUAUGAGACAGUGUCACACAUCUGUGUCUUGUUUCCUCAUCUGUAAAAUGGAUACCAGGCUCCGAAGGAAUGUUGAGGACUAACAUCUCUACAAUGAUCCAACUAUGGAAAGCCCUGAGGGGAAGGUUAUAAGCAGGAUGAAGACUUUUUGGGGUACCAGAGGAAUAAGUGUCCAGUUGCCAAUCUUAGAAUCAAGCACCACCUCCUGUUUAAAAAUAACUGCACACAGGAAAACCUCUUCAUUAUCCCUUCUGCCCAACAGCUGUUGUGAGAAUCCUGAUGAACAAAUGCAUCUUGCAUUUGAUCCGAGUUUUGAAAGAUGGGGAUUCCAGUAUUUCAUGAAAGUCAGAUCGACAAACCUUCCUAUUUUCAAAUUAAAAGAGUCUACAGUCAGAAGAAGAUACAGUGACUUUGAAUGGCUGAGAAGUGAACUUGAAAGAGAAAGCAAGGUUGUGGUACCACCCUUACCUGGAAAAGCUCUCUUUCGUCAGCUUCCUUUUAGAGGAGAUGAUGGCAUAUUUGAUGAUUCAUUUAUAGAAGAAAGGAAGCAAGGUCUUGAGCAGUUUAUAAACAAAGUUGCUGGCCACCCUCUAGCACAGAAUGAACGCUGUCUUCACAUGUUUUUACAAGAUGAAGUAAUAGACAAAAGCUACACACCAUCCAAAAUCAGACAUGCCUGAAUGCUCUAAAUAUAUACUUCAAAAUAAAUGUUAGUGAUUAAUACACAUGGUUUAAGAGUUUAUAGUUAAGCAUGCUGCAGAUACUGGCACAAUAAGCCUCCACUAUACUAACGUGAGUAUGCUGCUCAGUCUUUGCAUUAAUUUUAUGGCAGUAAAGAACUAAUUUGCUUUAGCUAAAUCACUCCAUGAAUCUCUUACGAUUAUACUAGCAUUAAAGCUAUUUAGAGUCCAUCCACACUACUGAUGGAGUCCUUUCCACUCUUAUCUGCAAUGACCCUAACAGUUUACUGAGUUGGCCUUACUUGAACUAGCACUGUUCCAGUGUCACAUGUUCACUUGCAUUUGAUUAAAUCACUUGACUGUUUCUUGUUAAAUAACUGCUAUAUUAUCUGUUUAACUUUUUGUGUAGAGAACUGAGGCACUCUUUCAAAUAUCCCCAUGUGUAAGAUAGACACUUCUGCAAUUGUCUUGAAGCUUGAAAAACACUUUAUACUGAAAAAUGAGGGAAUUAUCUUUAUAUUCUGUAAAAAGAAAAAUCAAAUUUAUAUACUAAAAUCAUUUGUCAAAAGUUGUUUUGAAAUAAAAGUGAAAAUGCACUUCCA